CCCAACUCCGGAUGAGCGGCAUGUCGAAGACCCAUGUGGCCCCAGGACCAGCGGACAAGGAAGUGAUGGAGGAGCCCGAACAAUCACCUCCCCAUGUGUCAAUUACAGACGGCAAUGCUGGCAAGCGGAAGCGACACGAGUCCGCCGUCGUCGUGUGCAACAUGUGUCCACGUGCCGACAUCAAGUACCGAUGCCCCAAAUGUGAACGCAUCACGUGUUCUCUGGCAUGUUGCGUGGCGCACAAGAAGCAGUUUUCCUGCGACGGCAAGCGCGAUCGCACCAAGUACAUUGCCAUGGCCGACUUUCAGGACGCCGACAUAUCCAGCGAUUUCUUCUUCCUCCAGGAGAUCUCGCGGUCGACGUCGGCGGUCCAUCUGGACGUGGCGGUGAAGCCACCGCCGCCGCCGAAAAAGGCCAAGCGACACCAGAAGGGUUCAUAUGUCGCAGCUGGACCGACCACGUUGUCAGUCAACCCAGAGCUGCCCGCCGACUACUUGAAGCGAUUUCCUCCCCAAGUGCAGUCGUUCGUCCAACAGGCCAAGAAGCGCGGCGUAUUUGUGCAUUUGCACGCGCCUGGCAUGUCCAAGCACAAAACCAACACGUCCACGUUCAACUCGAAAGCUGACUGUCUCUACUGGCGCGUCGAAGUGCACUUUGCCUUGGAUCACGUCACCAUCGUCGAACCCAAGUGGUCCGAGCGGCAGUCGCUGUGUGACGUGGUUGCAAAGCGUUUGGCCAUCACGUUGGAAAACGUGCCCGUUCGCACCAAGUUGAAAUCGUACGUGCACGCAGACGUCCAGAGUGAGUGGCUGUUUGUGAUAAAAAAGCAGUUUACGCCGGCGUCGACGCCGCUCUACUACGAACUCGACCCGACCAAACCACUGGCCGACAACUUGCGCCAUUUGGCGAUCGUCGAGUUUCCCACGGUGCUCGUGACAUUGCAGUCCCGCCGGCACGAGUACACGUUUGCUCACCGCGCGAUUGAAGUCGUGGACGCCACGCCACCUCAAACAACGCCCAUGGAAGUCAUCUCGUCGGGGCUAUAACCACUUAAUUUAACUUUCACUUUGACGAGAA